CUGUUAAUCCGCUCAAAUCUUUUAGAGAUUUCGGUAAGGAUUAUCGUUGCAUUGUGUUUUCGUGGUUGUUUGUAGCAAUUACAAACAAAUAUCGACGAACUAACCGUGCGUGUUGUGCUCCUAAUUUAGUGAUUACUCCUUGAUUUUGAGAUGUCUUACAUCGGAAACACGUCGGACGUUGAGCAGGAGAAGAACGAGUUCCACCACAAUCGGAGUACCAGUAACUUAGUGACGAAGAAAAUGGGCAGUCAGAAAGCAUCCGAAGGAAUGUGGAAUGACAAACGCGACAUCGACUCGGACUCGGAAAUAUCUGACUCUGAGCAUUUCCUGGCGAAAGGUGCCUUUCUACUAACGCCUUCCCACGAACUCUCUAUGGAACGAGCCGCGCUUAUUUGUGAGAAAAUGAACUUCAAAGGCUGUUUCAGCUUGACGAAAACGGCCACAGGAAUUCUGUUCAAAUUCUCAAGUCCUAUAGACUAUCAGGCGGUUUUCAAGAAAGGAUUCCAUAAGGUGACCGGAGCGCGUUUCUAUAGGAAAGUCGCAAUUCCUUGUCGACCACAGAAAACGUUCACCCUGUUUGUCUUGGAUGUUCCUGAGGAUUUGCCUGUUGAAGAUAUAAGACAUUCUCUAUAUCGAUUCAAUUCAGUUGUGGAAGUUGUUCGUCUCGUUAUCCAGUCAGCAGGUUCAGCUACUGAAAAGGGAGCUGACGGAUCACCAACCCCUAAAUCUCAAAUUGCAAAAGAGGAUCAACCCAGUAAGGAGGGAAAUCCUCCUCCAAUAAGGAUUACACUUGCCUCUUUAGACGAAUAUAACAUUCUACUUCAGAACGGAUUGGAUUUCUAUGGAGCAACUUUCUUCCCAACGGAAGCGAAUUUACCAAUUUCACCAACAGCAAAAAUCGCUUUUAAGAAAGGAGGACGUUUAAUCGACGGAAGCAUUCCGGGGCGAGUAAGGGAAUUACUACCCGUUUUUGAUGCUGCUGGAUUCUGUAAAAUACCACCUCCAACUAGUAAAACUAUUAAGCCACGACCUUAAAACUAUUUUUCGGAGUGCAUUCUGGAUUAUGAAUUUGGUGUCGUUGCAGAGAUUUUAAUAUCGAUUUUCAUGACAGAAUCAGAAUAAUGAAAGUAUUUAACCAAAAAACAUUCAACCGUUCGCCAUAAUUUGUUGUUCCUCUAAAAAUACAUUUAAUCGUUUUUAAA